AUGACCUACAUACAGCAUAUGAUCAAACUGCAUCAACAAUCGCGUUGUACAACUCCACGUUUAUCUUCAAUGAGUUCGCUACAGAGCAAAAUAGAGCAGAAAAGGGAAGAGCUUGAAAAUCUCCAGGAGUUGAAGAAAUUUACAGAGAUACUAGUGAAACAACUCGAGCAAAUAGAAGAGAAGUUCGCUACGAUGGCAGACGGCGCCGAAAGCGUGUCUCUUGUUCUUUCCAACUGGAAAAAUGUCAUGAAUUCCGUAUCUUUGGCGUCCCUCGGGCUUCUAAAGUAUUCUUCAAAAGACUUCAAAGAGAAUGUUCCGCUUCCAGAGUGUCUAGUGCGGAUAAAGCUUGACAAAGACGACGAGCCUGAUAUUGAAGGUGAUAAAGAGGAGCUGGGAGUUGCGAAGUCCCCCCAAGGUGAUAAGUGA